CACACCUGUAAUCCCAGCACUUUGGGAGGCUGAGGCAGAUGGAUCACUUGAGGUCAGGAGUUCGAGACUAGCCUGGCCAACAUGGUGAAACCCUGUAUCUAUAAAAAUACAAAAAAUUGGCCGGGCAUGGUGGCACAUGCCUGUAAUCCCAGCUACUCAGGAGGCUGAGACAGGAGAAUCGCUUGAACCCAGGAGGUGGAGGUUGCAAUGAGCCGAGAUCGUGCCAUUGCACUCCAGCCUGGGCAACAGAGCGAGACUUCAACAACAACAACAAAAAAAAACAAAAACAUAAUUUAACACAAUGAAAUAUAACCUAGACUUAGAAUAUAGCUCAAUAAAUUAUCAAGGCCAGGUGCAGUGGUUCAUGCCUGUAAUCUCAGCAUUUAGGUGGCGGAGGUAGGAGGAUCACUUGAGCCAGAGUUUGAGACGAGCCUGGUUAACGUAGUAAGACCUCAUCUAUACUAAGAAAACUUAAAAAAUUAGCAUGACAUGGUGGUGUGCACCUGUGUUCCCAGCUGCUUGGGAGGCUGAAGUGGGGAGCGUCACUUGAGCCUGGCAGGUUGAGGAUGCAGUGAGCUAUGAUUGUGCCACUGCACUCCAACCUAGGCAACAGAGCAAGGCUGUGUCUGGAAAAAAAAUAAAUAAAUAAUGCACACAAACAUCCAUAUAACAUCAACCCUAGCCAAAAAGUAAGAGAGUACCACCAGAAGCACAACUAAUCAACUGUAAAUAGAGAAACUGUAAAGAGGGUCAACAAAAUUUAUAAGUUGUUAUUUGAAAACACUAGUAAAAUUGUUAAGCUUCUUAUGAGAUCAUCAAGGGAAGGUGAAGAACAUGAAUAAUUGGUUCCAGGAAGGAGAAAAGGAAUAUUGAUAUGGAUCAUAUAGAUAUUAGGAGAUUAUAAGAUAACUCAGCUAGAGCUCAGGAGUUUGAGACCAGCCUGGGCAACAUGGUAAAACCCCGUCUCUGCAAAAAAAAAAAAUAAAAAAAUUAGCUGGGCAUAGUAGCAUAUGCCUGUGGUCUCAGCUACUUGGGAUGCUGAGGUGGGAGGAUCACUUGAACCUAGGAGGCGUAGGUUGCAGUGAGCUGAGAUUGUGCCACUGCACUUUAGCCUGGGUGACAGAGUGGGACUCUGUCUCAAAAAAAAAAAAAAAAAAAAAAUUAUGCGUGGUAUUUAAGUUUGCUUAACUGUUUUUUUUUGGGGGGGGGGUGGGGGGUGUUUGAGGUGGAGUCUCUGUCACCCAGGCUGGAGUGCAAUGGCACGAUCUUGGCUCACUGCAACCUCCACCUCCCAGGUUCAAGCGAUUCUCCUGCCUCAGUGUCCUGAGUAGCUGGAAUUACAGGUGUCCGGCACCAUGCCUGGCUUUUUUGUAUUUUUAGUAGGCAGGGUUUCACCAUGUUGGCCAGACUGGUCUUGAAGUCCUGACCUCAAAUGAUCCACUCACCUUGGCCUCCCAAAGUGAUGGGAUUAUAGGCAUAAGCCACUGUGCCCUACCUUCUUUUCUUUCUUUCUUUCUUUCUUUCUUUCUUUUUUUUUUUUUUUUUAAAAGAGAGAACAUCUCACUCUGUUGUCCAGGCUGGAGUGCAGUGGUGUGAUCAUAGCUCACUGUAGCCUUGAACCACUGGGUUCAAGCCAUCCCACCUUAACCUCCCUAGUACUUACUGCCGGAACUAUGGCACACACCACUGCACUGGGUGAAUUUUAAAGUUUUUUGUAGAGGUAAGAUUUUGCAUUGUUGCGGAGGCUAGUCUUGAACUCCUGGCUUCAAAGAUCCUCCUACCCAGCCAGUGCGAGGAUUACUGACAUGAGCCACCAUGCCCAGCUUAGUUUGUUUAACUUUUAAAAAACAAGUCAAAUCAACUCUUAGAUGCAUACCCAAAAGAAAGGAAAAUAUAGGUUCACAUAAAAUCUUGUACAAAAAGAUUGAUAGCAACAUAAUUCAUAAUUAUAAAAAAGUAGAAACAACCCAUACUUCCUAUUGAACAGGUCUGUCUAGGCGGAAAAAACCUCAAAUGUUUAUCAAUGGAUGAAUGUAUAAGCAAAAUAUAGAAUAUACACAGAAUGGAAUAAUGUUCAGCCAUAAAAAGGAAUUAAGGUACAUACUACAACAUGGAUGAACCUUGAAAAUAGUAUGCAGAGUCACAGAAAGACCACAUAUAUCGUAUUUUAUGAUUUUAUUUAUCUGAAAUGUCUAAGGCAAAUUUAUAGGGACAGAAAUUAGCUUGGUGGUUGCCUAGGGCUAGAACUAUUUGGGAAAAGUGGUGAGUAACUACAAAUGAGUAUGGAGUUUGUUUUUGGAGUGUUGAAAAUGUUCUAGAAUUAGAGGUGAUGGUUGCACAAAUUGUGAAUAUACUAAAAAUUAUUCAACUGUUGUAAAAGGAUAGAUUUCAUGUUUGUAUUAUAUAUAAAAAUAUAGAAAUUAGUAUUAUCCAUUUAACAAAAUUAAGGAGAAAAAUCCAUAUGAUUAUUUCAGUAAGGAAAAGCAUUCAAUAUUCGUUCAUGAUUAAAACAAACUGUUUCUGAGUGGCAUGUGGGAUUUGAGCCUGAUAAUGGCCCUUGAUUCCACCAACAUAGAGACUUUGUACCGCGUCCCAUUAGUGCUCAAAUGUCCCAACCUGAAGCUGAAGAAGCCGACCAGGCUGCACAUGCCCUCGGCCAUGGCUAUGUAUGCUCUGGUGGUGGUGUCUUGCUUCCUCAUCACCAGAGGAAUAAUUUAUGAUGUUAUUGUUGAACCUCAAAGUGUUGGCUCUGUGACCGAUGAACAUGGGCAUCAGUGGCCAGUAGCUUUCUUGGUGUACAGAGUAAAUGGACAGUAUAUUAUGGAAGGACUUGCAUCCAGCUUCCUGUUCACAAUGGAAGGUUUAGGUUUCAUAAUCCCGUACCAGUCGAAUGCACCAAAUAUCCCAAAACCCAGUAGAUUUCUUCUUCUAUUCCGUGGAUUUGUCUGUGUCCUAUUGAGUUUUUUUUAUGGCUAGAGUAUUCAUGAGAAUGUAACUGCCAGGCAAUCUGAUAGGUUGGAGUGCCUUUUGAGAAGAAAUCAAUGGAUACUGGAUUUGUUCCUGUCAAUGAAGUUUUAAAGGCUAUACCAAUCCGCUGUUGCGAAACGUGGAAAAGAAUGAAGAGCAGCAGUAAAGAAGUAUGUAGUGAAAACACUGGAAGUGUAGCUUGGAGUAAAAUUUCUUCUUGGUAUCAAAGAGACAAGUUUAUCACAGUAUUUUUUUUCCUGCUGACCUAUUGACAUCAAUGAUGUUGAGUGACAUUUUCUUAGUUUUUCAUUUUUUAAAGAAAAUAUACUCCAGUUUACAAAUAUAAUAUCGAAUAAAGUGAUUAUUUUUUACAGCCCCUUUAACUUUUUUUGGAGAUGACAUUUCUGAUUUUCAGAAAUUAAUAUAAAAUCUGGAAGCAAGAUUCCAUAAGUUGAGAAUUCUAGAUGGCUGAUCAGCUUUACCUGUGGUGCUUUGCCUUUUAACAGGGAGUGUGAUAAUACAUUAUUUCAGAUAUCUAUGUGUGACUGUUUCCUGAACAAUAAGAUCUAUGAAAGGAGCAGAAAUAAAUAAUUUUUCUAAUUAAAAACAAAACCCUGGCAGUUAGGAAUACAAGGAAUUUCCUUAAUCAGAUAAGGAAUAUCUGUAAACUUACAGCAGAUAUUACAGUCAAUGGUGAUAUAUUGAAUGGUUUUCCUCUGGAACAAGAUAAAAACACAUGCGGUCCCUGCUUCCAUUCACACUGUACUGGAGGUCCUAGCCAGUGCAAUAAAGAAAAAAUAAGUAAGUCAUAAGGAUUGGAAAGGGAGAAUAAGCCAUUGUUUUUUGUGAUUGUGUGAAAGAAUCUAUAGACAAAUUAUUGGAGAGUUUCACAAGCACAAGAUGCAAGACACAAGUUUCAUGAAGGCAUGUAUUUUUAUAAAUCAUCAACAAACAGAAAAUGGAAAAAAAUUGCUAGUAGCUUCAGAAAACACCAGAUGCCUAGGAAUAAGUCUAAUGAUAUGUAAGAUAUGUAAGAUUAGAAAAAAUAUAAAACAAUAUUGAGAGAAAAUAAAGAAGACAAUAAAUAGAGGGAUAUACCACUUUAAUAUUUUAGUCUCACUGUUGUGACAUUUAGUUUUUACUGACUCAGUCUUUGAAUUUAUUAAUCCACGGUAGUUCGUCUCAUGUAAAUUUUCCCCACUGAUUUUUUUAAAAAAUCAGAUUUGUUGUAGUUUUUGUAUAAAUACACAUAUAUUCUCCCCUUUUUAGACGUACAGAGGAUGAAUUCUAACAAAUGCAUAUAGAAUUAUAACCAUAAUUAAAAUAUAAUUAUGGUACUUCUUUACUAGCAGUGAACAAUUGCAAACAAAGAAUAAGAAAAACAGUACUUUUUUUAGUAGCACCAAAAAAAACAAGAAAUAGUUAUUUCUGACUACGUAUAUGCAAGAUUUGUAUGUUAAUAUUAUGCAACAUGUUGGGAAAGAUCAAAGAAGACCCUCAUAAAAGGGAACAUAUUCAGUGUUCAUGAAUUGGAAGACUCAAUAUCUUUGAAAUGUCAUUUCUCUCCAAAUUGAUCGAUAGCUUCAGCACAAUUCCAAUCAAAAUCUUAGCAGAUUUUUGACAACUUGAUUCUUUUUUUUAUUUUUAUUUUUUUCGAGAUGGAGUCUCACUCUGUCACCCAGGCUGGAGUGCAGUGUUGCAAUCUCAACUCACUGCAACCUCCACCUCCCGGAUGAGUGAUUUCCUACCUCAGCCUCCUGAGUAGCUAGGAUUACAGGUGUGCGCCACCAUGCCCAGCUAAUUUUUAUUUUUUUAUUUUUAUUUUAUUUUUUAUUUUUAGUAGAGACAGGGUUUCAUGUUGGGCAGGUAAGUGUUGAACUCUGACCUCAAGUGAUCUGCCCACCUCAGCCUCCCAAAGUGGUGAGAUUACAGGUGUGAGCUAUUGUGCCUGGCCUUGACAACUUGACUCUAAAAUUUUUAUAUAAUAUUAAAGGGACUAAAGUAGCCUAAACAAUUUUGAAAAGAAAAAAAAGUUCUAAGACCCGCACUCCCUGAUUUCUUUUGUUUUUUUGAGAUGGAGUCUCGCUUCGUCACUCAGGCUGGAGUGCAGUGGCACGAUCUCUGCUCACUGCAAGUUCUGCCUCCUGGGUUCACGCCAUUCUCCUGCCUCAGCCCCCAAGUAGCUGGGACUGCAGGCGCCCGCCACCACACCUGGCUAAUUUUUUUGUAGUUUUAGUAGAGACGGGGCUUCACUGUGUUAGCCAGGAUGGUCUCCAUCUCCUAACCUUGUGAUCUACCCGCCUCAGCCUCUCAGAGUGCUGGGAUUACAGGUGUGAGCCACUGCACCCGGCCCACACUCCCUGAUUUUAAGAACUGCUCUAAUGCUACAGUAAGCAAAACACAUAAAUCAAUAGCAUAGUAGUUUAGAAAUAAACACAUAUACAUAUGGCUAAUUGUUUUUUGUCAAAGAUUAUGAGGCAAUUCAAUGCCAUACAUUAUACUGUAUACAAAAAUUACCCUCCAAGUUUACACUUAAACAUGAAACCUAAAAGUACAACUUACAAAAAAGAUGUAGUGGCAAAUCUUAGUGACUUUAGGUUAGGCAAAGAUUUCUUACAUAGAAUCCAAUAGGCUUGAGUCAUAAAAGAGAAAAUUGACAAAGUACAUUUUAUCAAAAAUUAUGAAAUUCUUCUGAAGAGAAAAAUGAAAUGAUAGGAUGAGACGUAGUCUUGGAGAAAAUGUUUAUAUAAAAUCCAUAUUUGAUAAGGACUUAUAUACAAAAUAAAUAAAGAACUCUCACAAUUCAGUAAUAAGAAAACAACCACCUAAAACAAAUGAGCAAUUAAAAAUGG